CCAAAAAAAAAAAAACCAUUUAAAGAUGUGGUGCAGAAUUGGACUGUCUCAGACAUCUGCAGCAGCUCAUUAUCAAAGCUUGAAGAUCAGCUUCAGAUCAGAAACCAUGAGGGCAUCUUCUUUGUGUCUGGUGUUCGGGCUGGUCCUGAUGAUGGCCUGGACUUCUGAGGCUCAGCCUAAAGCUCCUGCAGUUCCUCAGAAUUGUUGCUUCAAUUUUAUCGACUUUAAAAUUCCAACCAACAAAAUUGUGAGUGCUGUGAAGACAAGUUCACGUUGCCCUGUCCCGGGCAUUGUGGUUACGACUCAUAGAACCAGAUUUUGUGUGAAACCAGCAGAGGCAUGGAUAAAGGCUUUUAUGGAGAAGCAGCUCAAUAAAUAAAAUCACAAUUUAUUAUGCACAAAAUAAUACUGUUACUGUUUUUUUUAACAACGGUUCUUUCUUAAGAAAUGAAUUUUUGCAUCUCCUGAAACUGAAUUAAACUCUUUUAAUUGGUAACACUUUACAAUAAAGUUAAUUAGUUAACAUUAGUUAACUACUUUAGUUAACACGAAUUAAGACUGAACAAUACCUCUACAGCAUUUAUUAAUCUUAAUUCAUGUUAAUUUCAACAUUUAUGGAACCUUUUUGUAAAGUGAUACCUUGUGAUUAAGCACUUAAUCUUUGCAAAUAAAUAUUAAAAUGCAAUGAGA